AGACUUAAAGAAUUUUAUAUAUGUGACACAUACACACUAUAGUGGUUGUACGACUCGGGACCAAUGGAUGCUGAGCUCAAUCCUGUAAUACCACCAUCGUCAACGCAAACGUCCAAUCACAUAUCUGACAGGUUGGACUUUGGCUAUGAUAAUGGUGGGAAAGUGACGUCAGAGGUGUGGGAUGGAGAUCUGGAGGAAGGGGAGAUAGAAUCAGAAGUGGAUAGUGUUAAGGGUGCUGUAACUGCAUUAGAACCAAAUCUAGAAAAGUUAACAGAGACAGAAAAAACAUCUGAACCAAGUAACGGCCCAGGAGAGGACAUUGAAUCAGAUGGUGAAAUAGCAAGUAACGGUCAAGAUGAGGAUUUUGAGUCGGAUGGUGAAAUUGUGUCAGAGGCAGAGUUAAAUGAGACGGAUGACAGUGCUUCAGUGCUUGAGGACAAAGAAAUUGACAGGAAGGAAGUUGAAACACGAAAAUCUACAAAACGGUCCCAUACUGAAGUAGAGGAAAAGGAAGAUGAGGAGUCUGAAGAAGAAAUGCCAGCCAAGUUCCUUCGUGCUGAUAGUGUUGAGAAUGUGUCCAAGGAACCUGCAGAUGGAACCCAAGAGUUUGAGAUUAUUGAUGACCUGGGGGAUGUGGAAGGAGAUAACGAUGCUGGUGAAUAUUACAGCGAUGAUGAUCUUGAAGACAGUGAAAUUUACGCCUGGCUUGAUGAGGGCUUUGAACGACGUACUGCAGCAGACUGUCCUAUACAAAAAGAAAAAGUUAUCCUGACAGAAAGGGGAAAUAACCCAUUUGAGUGGUUGCCUGAGGGCUGGGUAGUGAUCACCCACAACAGCGGCAUGCCUGUAUACCUCCACAAAACAUCUCGAGUGUGCACACUAGCUCGUCCCUAUUUUCUCGGACCAGGCAGUGUCAGGAAACAUGACAUUCCGGUAAGUGCUGUUCCUUGUCUGCAGUACAGAAAAGAGCUAGAGAAGGAGAAGAAUUCCAAUACUCAGCAAUUCCAGAAACAGAAGGACAAAACUGUCUUUAAUGGUGAGAAUUCAGAUAAACCCACAGAAUCAGUGGAAGCAGAGCUACCACCACUACCUCCACCAGAACCUCCACAGUCAGAACUACCACCACAACCAGAGUCACCGCAACCAGAACAGCCUCCUCAAUCAGAGUCACUACAACCAGGACAGCCACCUCAACUAGUGUCACUGCAACCGGAACGGCCACUACAAACAGGACCACCACAAACAGAGCUAAUACCUAAUGGUGAAACAAAUGGUACAGGUUCAGCAUCAACUGGAGAACAAGAGGCACCAUUAGUAACAACUGUAGAUGGGGCAGUGAUAGCCCCACCUAUCAGGAUAGAGUACGCAGAAGACAGAAAGAAACAGAAUACUGUAGAUCCAAAUGAAUUGCGAGAAUAUUGUGAAAAAUUAUUUGAAUUCAGGACCAUUACAGUAAAAAGAUUCAAAACCUGGAAAGACCGAAGGCGACACUUAAAUGCAAUUAGGUCACAGUCUCGUCCAGCCUUGCCUCCUAAUACCAAACUAAUUACUUGUAAAAUUCCGCAAGUGAAAGGAGAUGAUAAGCCAAAACUAAAAGAAUUUGUUUUGAACCCACUGGGGAAAUCCUAUGUGUGUAUUCUGCACGAGUAUGCACAGCACACACUGAGAAUCCAGCCCAGAUAUGUCUUCAAAGAACUUGAAAAUGCCCAGAAUCCUUACAGUGCUACAGUUGUGAUUGGUGAUAUUGAAUAUGGUACCGGUUAUUCUAGCAGUAAAAAGUCAGCCAAGAUGGCAGCAGCCAAAGAAACCCUUAAUAUACUAAUCCCAGAGAUGAGCAAAGUUACUGAUGAGAUCACCUUGGAUGAGGAUCUGUCUUUUUUUGAUGAGAUCAAAAUUGAGGAUCCUCGUGUUUAUGAGUUGUGUAAUAAAGUAGGACAGCCCAGUCCCUAUCAGAUCCUGCAGGAAUGUCUCCGGAGAAAUUAUGGAAUGGGUGACACAAAUUGUAAGAUUGAUGUGAAGCCUCUGAAACACCAGAAGAGUGAAUACUCUUUGACAGUCGGCAAGCGGAGUGUCACAGUGGUAUGUAAAAACAAGAGAGAAGGGAAACAGAGAGCAGCACAGGCCAUACUACAGGAGCUGCAUCCUCACAUAACAAACCUAGGCUCCUUACUACGAUUGUAUGGACGCUCCUCAUGGAAAAGUCUUAAGGAGAAGAAGAGAGAGGAACAUUCCAUUACGGAACUCCAGUCACAAACCUGCUCAAAAAAACCUAAUACUGCGGUACUAGAGAAACUUAAGGAGGAAAUGGAGAAAUUAUACAAACAAAAGGAAGCAAUCAAAAGUAAGGGAAAGCUGAGAGUGGAGAGUUCAGCAUUACCAGGCACUGUAACAAGCCUAGACUUAUGACAUAGACGAUCAGCAUAGGGACCACCAUUACACACAGAGAGAAAGCUCAUACAGGCAGAUGACUAAACGUCAUAGCAUAAUUCCCAUUGAACAAGACAAGCCUGUUCAUUGAAGGCAGGAGAGCUUCAAUCCUAUUAGGCUCUCAGUUGAAUUUUGAUAUUGAAAAUUUUUAGUUUUUUUUUUUUUUUUUUUUUUUUUGUUACUAUUUAUAUUUUUUGCAAUUUAUUUGUGGUAGAUUUUGCUAAUUACUGGGUGCUUUAUUGUAUAGACAUUCCUGUAUACUCCAACAUACCUACAAGUCAACAGAUGUUUCCAUUAUAUAGCUUGGUCUAAUGCUGGAGACUGUGAUGUCGUUGUAAUUCUAAUUAGAAAUAUGUAUAAACAUUUAUUAGAAUAAUACUGGUUAUGAAAAUAGUUUAAAAUUUAAUUUAGAAAUCACAUAUGAAGUAGAAACAAAUUUGUGAUUUCAAGCAUUGGUUUUGACAUUUAAUAAAUACAGAAGAAUUAAUCAGUUAAAUGCAGGCAUUUGAUUACAAUUUAAGUUGUUUUGUGAUAUAUACAAUUUAAUGUAUAUGGUGAUCAUAGUACAAAUUGUCUGGUAAUUCCUAUACUUCCUAUCAAAAAUUGCACAUGUUAUGAAACUUGAAAUUAUUUUUGUCAAAGAAAGUGUUCUUUCAAAUAUGAUCUUGACAUUAAAUGAGAAAUGAUAUCAAUCUAUUCAUACUUCAUUGCUACUGUUGCAUCAUGUGGAUUGAGUGUAGUUGUUCAAUUUUAUAGGAUCAACUGUGAGCCAUUUUCCAAUUUGUCUUCCCAAGGCCUGCUCUCCGUCCAUUGUUAAUUAUGUAGUUUAUGGAUAUUAAAACACUCUAUCUGGUGUCAUAUGUCACUUAAAGGGGAUUCUGGACAUUUUUAGCAACAUGAGACCUUUUAAAAGAUCAAAAGUGUUACACUGAACCAUCAUCACCCUUUUUUGUUCUUUGUGUAAGUAUGCAGCUCACCCAAUUUAAAGUAUAAAUAUCAUAAAGCUUAAAGGUGUGACAGUGGAUAAACAUACAGAUGUUACAUGAAAAAGCGAGGUAAAAAACCGAAACAGGGUGGAAUUUUAUAGUACACAUGAAUUCAGUGAUAUUGUUUCUUCAUUAAUGUUACAAAACUACCAGUGAUAUAAUGUGGAAAAGGAAAUUAUCAAAGAAAUAGACCGUAAGAUAUUAAAUAAAAAGAGUUCUGAUUGAGGUUAAUUUCUACCAACUGUGGUACUUUAAAUUUGUUUCCUGGAGAAGUGCUUGAAAAUCUUGGCUAAGUACAUAUACACACAGUGGCUUGAGAAAAAUCAUUAUUGGCAUGAUUAAAAGUAAUUUUGUAAACAAGGACAUGAUUAUCAUAAAUAUUGUUAAAAAUUUUGUGAAAAUGAAAGGUCUUAAGAAAUUCCUUUAAUUCUGAAUGCCUACUUAAUCUACUUUCAUAUGAAAUUUUUUUCUGAAUUAACAUCUUGGCAAUUGUGUUCAAUAGUAUGUGACAUUGUGUGCAUCUGUAGUUGUGAUCGCCAAUGCUCUGACAGUACGACUGUCAUGAUGUGUACUAUAAAGUGUAAGUUUCAGAGAGAGUGUAGGUUGGAGAUGCGCAUGCAACAAGGGAUGAGAGUUAGUAAUUUCCCAACUGAUUGCAUAUUGGUUUCCCUUGAUGAUUUUCCUCUCAACACUCAAAACAACAUUUGUCCCCUGAGCCACAUCAUGAUGAAAGUUCAACUGUACAAAACUUCAGUUGAUUGUUUAACGUUGAAACAAUGUAAAGUAAAGGUUCAUUUCCCUUGGGUUUUUAUUGAUGUAGUUUAUGUAAAUGAGCAAAAUUUAUUGCACAAAUAAUGAAACCUUAAUUUUGAAUCAUUCAAUAAGGUUAUCUUUUCUCUUUUUCUCAGCAUCGGGAUUUCAAACAAAAUGGAGUGUUAGACAUGAAAUUUCAUGGAAUUUACCAAUUAUGAGAUUGUUAUCAUGUAUCGGCCUUCCUGUUGCUCACAGUGAUAGGACAUGAGGAGUUGACUCUUCUUUUUUUAUGAUAGUUCUGAAGACCCCCAGUAAACCCAAGUCAGAUAUGCUAGUCAUAUUUUGCAUAUAUUUGGUGAAGAUAUAUGUAUGUAUCUUCAUAUAGUUGUAUAAAUCAUUUACAACAAAAUGUCCAUUUUUAAAUUACUUCAUAUAAGCUUUUUGUAAGAUGUUCCUUUGUUUCAAACAAUUUUACUUUUUAUAGCUGAUGAUUGUAUAAAAUAUCUGGAUUGACAAUCAGCUGUCAUCAUCGUAUGAUAGGGUUAGAUGCCAUUGAAAAUCCUAUCAACUUUAAAACACUACUAUCUUUUAGGUAAAUCUAUUAGAUAAACAAUUCUUUUUAAUUUCCUAAUAUUAGUCCCAUUGAUGAACUUCCUUGACCUAAUUAUUAUCGAUUGAGUAAGAUUACUUUGUCAGAUAAAAAUUCACAAACUGGUUUUAAGUUCGAUGUGGAUUUUGGAGUUCUUAAGAAAAGAAUGAAGAGGAAAAAUAGUCAGGAAAUCUCAUCUCAAAUAUUGUGGCCUAAUUAUUGAGCCUUUCGGUCAACUUUGGUCUGAUGUAUAUGGCCAACAAUUUAUUUUGAUAUUAUGAGCAGGAAUGUCUGUCUCUAUUCUGGCCUACUGUUGGAGACCUUUGGCCUUCACUGAUCUAGUUACUUCAGGCCUUCUUUUGGAGGCAUUUGGCCUACUUUGAAGGAGUUACUUCAGGCCAAAUGUUGAAGGCCUUUGGCCUACUUUGACCUAGUUACUUCAGGUCUAAUGUUUAAGGCAUUUGGCCUACUGCAACCUUUUUACUUCAUGCCUACUGUUAAGGCAUUUGGCCUACUUUGACCUAGUUACUUUAGGGCCUACUGUUAAAGGCCUUUGGCCUAAUUUGAACUAGUUACUUUAGGUAUCCUGUUGGAAGCCUUUAGCAUAGUUUGGCCUUGUUACUUCAGGCCUGUUAAGGCUGAAUGCAUUGAUUUACUGGCCUAAUAUACAUAUUGUUACCUAUUUGUACUAUAACCAAAGUAAAAUCAAUUUGUGAAAGUCUGUCAGUUUGCCUAGUCCAACUUUACAGAUACGUUAUGUAUACCUCAAUAAGAAUCAGUGUUUUCAGAAAUUAUCCUUAAAUAAAAUGUUGGUUCCUCUGGUAUUAGGUCUACCACAUGUAAUUAGACAAAUAAAUUUAGGUAUUUGUAAUGAAGAACUUGUACCAUAUGAACAGACUUUUCUGCAGAUUUGAGAUUGGCGAGUCUGGUCAGAUUGUUCUAAAAUUGUCAAACAUCCAUUGUUUAUUUACCAUUUUAUGGAAAACUGAACCUAUCCCACUGAUACAUAGCUGUGCACUGUACAAAAAUAUAUUUCUCUUCUGCAUACAGCCAUUGAACGGUAAAACCUGUCCAACUGGGUAGAGUACCAGACCAAAUAUAGGAGUCUCACUGUUUACAUGUAAGGUGCAGCUGAGCUUGUGUUAUCUGAUAUCCUGCUCUGAUCUGACCUUCCAAAUAGCUUCUAAUGUACAGUUGAACCUGUUCAAUCAGAAAACCUGUGUAACAGCAUUGAUCAGGACAUGUUCCACUCUGAUACAUAAGAAUCCAAAUUUGCUGUGUCUGUUUGUGUUCAUUUUGUGCUCAAAGAGAAUCUGUUGGAAUGAUUUAAAUUUAUUAUUAAAUUAUAUGUCAACUAUUGAUAAUAAAUAUAUGUAUCUUUACCAUGGUUGACCUAAUGAGCUCAACUUUUACAAAAUAGAUCAUUAAAAUAACCAGUGUGUACAGGAUAUAUCUUUAACACCAAAAACAUUUAUUUGUUCUACUUUGUGAAAAUUGUUAUUUUCAAGACACAGAAAAUUAGAUUUAAUAGUUGUUUAUGAUUAUUGAGCAUUUUAAGUAGUCAUAAAUAUUUUGGUCACAUUUUCAAAAUUUGCAAUUUUUUUAUUUCUUGCUGCAUGUUUUGAUAAAUAUUUUCCCAAUUUAUCUUUUUCACAGUUACAUUGAAACUGAUUUGUUCCAAAUGUUUAAUGUUUACACUUGUUAUCAUCCCCCCUCCAUUUUUGUGUCCCAUUAAGAGAACAUACACUUAUUAGGUCUUCUAUGGUAAUUGGUUUGUGUUUGGGUUAUAUAAAAUUUGAUUUCGUCUUGUAUUGUCAAAUUACUGGUCAAUAUUGAAUGUUGGCAAUAAAAAGUUGGUACAAACUUAAA